AUGACGUCUGACCAGCACUUGGAUGCAUUUUUGGAGUCUCAGAGAAAGCCCUGUAUUCCAAGUUCCAUAUUCCAGAUGGAGCAUGACAUGGGUACCAAGUCCAAAAAUGUAUCUAUAAUAGAGCAGCGCCAUAAGUGUGAUAAUGCUAAAGGACUCAAAGCCUUCUUUGAUGGCAUCAAAUAUGGACCUAAGCAUCUGAUGAUAUUUGGUGGAGUGUGCCCUUCUAUUACAUCCAUUAUUGCUGAAUCACUUAAAGAAUGGAAUCUGGUUCAGCUUUCCUUUGCUGCAACUACACCAGUCCUGGCUGAUAAGAAGAAAUAUCCUAAUUUCUUCCGGACAGUCCCAUCAGAUAAUGCAGUCAAUCCUGCAGUUGUCAAGUUCCUCAAACAUUUUCAUUGGCGUAGGGUAGGAACCUUGACCCAGGAUGUGCAACGAUUCUCUGAGGUGAGGAAUGAUCUGACCAGUGAGCUGGAGAAAGCAGACAUUCAAAUCGCCGACACUGAGAGUUUCUCUAAUGAUCCUUGUCUGAGUGUCAGAAAGCUUAGGGAUAAUGAUGUCCGAAUUAUUCUUGGCCAGUUUGACGAGAACAUGGCAGCAAAGGUAUUCUGUUGUGCCUUUCAUGAGAACAUGUAUGGAAUUAAAUACCAGUGGAUCAUCCCAGGCUGGUAUCAGUUAAACUGGUGGAAACCAAUUGCUUCCAGUUAUUGUAAUGUAAAAAACCUACUCACUGCCAUGGAAGGAUAUGUAGCUGUGGAUUUUGAGCCACUUAGUACAAAGGAAAUCAGGACAAUAUCUGGGCUGACACCUCAACAAUAUGAGCAAGAGUACAAUAAAAUGAGGGGUAGUGCUGAGUAUAGCAAAUUCCAUGGAUUUGCAUAUGAUGGAAUCUGGGUAAUUGCCACAACAUUACAGCGAGCAAUGGAUAGUUUGAAACGUCUUGGCAAUCCACAAACCAUCCGGGACUUCAAUUAUGUGAACAAGGACCUUGGCCAAAUCUUUCUAGAUUCCAUGAAUGAGACCAACUUCUUUGGGGUGACAGGGCAAGUUGUGUUUAGAAAUGGAGAGCGAAUGGGAACCAUCAUUUUCUCACAGUUUCAAGAUAAAGUAGAAGUUAAAGUUGGAGAAUAUAACGCCAUAGCUGACUCCCUGGAAUUAAUUAACAACACUCUUAGGUUUCAAGGUGUUGAACCUCCAAAGGACAGGACUAUUAUACAGCCACAGCUGCGCAAGAUUUCCUUACCACUCUACAGUAUUCUUUCUGCUUUGACUGUCUUAGGAAUGUUCAUGUCCAGUGCUUUUCUCUUCUUCAACAUCAAAAAUCGAAAUCAGAAGUUGAUAAAGAUGUCCAGCCCCUACAUGAACAACCUUAUUAUCCUUGGGGGAAUGCUCUCUUAUGCUUCCAUAUUCCUUUUUGGCCUUGAUGGAUCAUUUGUUAUGCCUAACACAUUUGAGACCCUCUGUACUGUUAGAACCUGGAUUCUUACAGUCGGCUACACCACAGCAUUCGGAGCCAUGUUUGCAAAAACAUGGAGAGUUCACGCCAUAUUUAAAAAUGUGAAAAUGAAGAAAAAGAUCAUCAAGGACCAGAAACUGCUUAUUAUUGUCGGUGGGAUGCUGCUUAUCGAUCUCUGCAUCCUCAUUUGCUGGCAGGUUGUGGAUCCACUGAGGAGGACGGUAGAAGACUACCCUUUAGAGCCGGAUCCUGCUGGGAGAGAUUUUGCAAUCCAACCAUUGCUGGAGCACUGUGAAAAUUCCCACAUGAGUAUUUGGCUGGGCAUCGUAUAUGCAUAUAAAGGGCUUCUUAUGCUGUUUGGAUGUUUUCUUGCUUGGGAAACUCGGAAUGUGAGCAUCCCAGCCCUGAAUGACAGCAAAUACAUCGGAAUGAGUGUAUAUAACGUGGGAAUCAUGUGCAUAAUAGGAGCUGCUGUUUCAUUCCUAACUCGAGACCAGCCAAAUGUGCAGUUCUGUAUUGUAGCUCUGGUGAUCAUUUUCUGCAGCACCAUCACUCUCUGCUUGGUUUUUGUGCCAAAGCUAAUUACAUUAAGAACAAAUCCAGAUGCAGCCACUCAGAACAGACGAUUACAAUUCACCCAGAAUCAGAAGAAAGAAGACUCGAAGACAUCAACUUCUGUCACGAGUGUGAACCAGGCAAAUACAUCUCGACUUGAGGGAUUUCAGACUGAUAACCAUCGCCUGCGAAUGAAAAUCACAGAGCUUGACAAAGAGCUUGAGGAGGUUACCAUGCAGCUACAGGACACGCCUGAAAAGACGCAGUACAUUAAGCAAAACCACAUUCAAGAGCUCAAUAACAUCCUGAGCAUACGGAACUUCACAGAUGGAAAAGAUAGUGACAAGCCUCUAAUGAAAAACCAGCAUGAUUCGCGGUCACAGGUGCCUUGGGGCACCACUCUGGAGCCUUCCAGAACAAACAAAGAUGUCAUAGAAGAUAUCAACUCUCCAGAACAUAUACAGCGCAGACUGUCUUUGCAGCUACCAAUUCUUCAUCAUGCCUACCUGCCAUCAAUAGGUGGAGUUGAUGCUAGUUGUGCCAGUCCGUGUGUUAGUCCUAGUGCCAGUCCACGGCACAGACAUGUGCAGCCAUCAUUUCGAGUCAUGGUUUCCGGCCUGUAA